UUCCAGAUGAACGACCUCAAAAUGAUUAGUUACUUAUUUACUUUUGUAGCGUUAAUCGGGGUUUCUUUAACAAAUGGCAUGGAUCUAUACUGUUGGAGUGGGCAUGAUAAAACAACAAUAUCAAACCAGUCGUGUACCAUUGAAAAUAAUAUGACAACAACUGCCCCAGACAAAACUCAACAAGAAGAUGGUGAUCAGACUGUGUCCUUCUGCUACGAGAUUUUUUACCAUGACAAUAAUUCCACAUUAAACUUUGUUUCUGAUCCAGUUUCUGCAAGAACAGCUCACGCUAAUGCCUCGUGUGAUUUCCUUGGACUCUGUAAUGAUAGUAUUGUUGGAACAUAUGUAAAGACCACACUAAAUGACAUUGACGUAAUCCUCCUAUGCUGUAAGGAAGACAACUGUAAUCAUAACCAUGAUAACAAAGAUUUUCCUCCAGUGGUAAAGAUAAAGCCAGUUUGUUAUAAUCUCCAGUCCAAUGGAACGAUGGCUGUUGAAUAUCACAAGAAAACCUGUUCUGAAUUAGAUGACUUGUGUAUGAGCAUCACAACAGUGAACAAAGAAGGAGCCAUUUUGAAACAAAAGUUACAGUGUGGAAGUAAACAACAGUGUUUAGCAAAAAAUGAAACAGCUAAAUAUAAUCAAACACCACUCUGUCAUACACAAGAGGAUGAAGGGGAACACACAGAAGUUUGUUGUUGCUCAGGAGAUUUGUGCAUUCCUCUUCCUGUGAAUGUCACCAUCAUUCCCUCUAAAGACAACAAUGACACUGACACAGCACUAGAUAAAGUCAUUCAUAACAAAGUCCUAGUCCAGAGUAAGAAGGGCACUGAUUGGUUGUUUGUGGGAGGACUAAUUGCAGCAGGUGUCCUGGUUCUUAUCGUCACGGUGACUGUCUUUGUUGUCUGGCAGGUGAAGAAGAGAAGACAAGCUGCAGCUCGUAAUCGUAUGCUGUUUUCCUACAUGCCAAUUUCAGCCUCUGAAGUGGACGAUGAUGACGUUCAAAUGUUACUUUAAUAAGAUCCUUUUUUUUUAAUUCACAAAUACUGGCUAGGCUGGUACCUGCUGGAUGAAAAAUCAAUAUUACCAAAUAGGAAAAUAUUGAAAUUGUCUCUUAUUUGUUAGAUAUUGUUCAAAAAAGAUGCAGGCCGCAAAGCUGAAAUUUUUUAAGCACAGCUAUGUGAAAGUGCAUUCAUUCCCAAUUUAUUGUGAUAUGUGUAUUUGUGUAUUUUGUGCAACAUGUGUAAUUAUAAUGUCACCUGCUUUGAGCUGCACAUGAUUUGUUGUAGAAUGAUUUUUUUUUUUCGUAUGCUUAAAUGGGAACGUGUUACAUAAUCAGCAGAGGAAGUUAUAUUUCUGUUGAACUUCUAGGUAUAAUUUUUUGAUUUAGUUGACCCCAAUUUUUUAAUUGUUUUUUAAUGAAAUGAUUUCAAGGUAGACAAGCAUGUCCUUGAGUAUUGGUGCACUGGUAUUUACCACCAGUAAAAUGUCUUGAUUCUGAUGUUGUUAUCAUGGAUACUGUGUGUAAAUUCUCUUUUUCUGUUAUUAUUGAAAUGGACUCAAGAGAAGUUUGAGCAAUAUUUAUGAACUGACAUCCUUUGUUUACUGAAUCUCAGUUGCAGAGUUUUGUGUGUAUACCAUAAUAGUUUGAAGGAAUUGUCAUUAUAAUAAUUGUUGUUUUGUUUUUGGUAUUACACAUAGAGGUACAUGUACUAUAACAUUUGAUCUCAUUUGUUAGAAUAGUUUGUAUUUUUCUUUGCUGGUGAAAUACUGUUUGUGUGAAGCUGAGCAAAUGUAAAGCAAUUGAUAAGGGAAGGUGUAAAUAUUUUCAGCAAUUUUUAUUUAAAUGAUAGGGAAUUUUACAUAAAAUGUAUGUUACAAGGAAAAAAUAUGUACUCAUUGCCUGACUUAAAAUACCCAGUACAUGUACAGUUGAGCUUAGGUAUCUCAGACACUGUUAUCUCAAAUUCCAUGCCUUUGGGUGUAAUGUUCAAGUGAUUUAGAAAUCUCAACCCCCUAUUAUAUAGGUAUAUAAAUAAACCUGGAGAUCUCAAAUUUUUGAAUAUCUCAAAGUUUUUUUUAGUCCCAUUGAGUUCAAGAUAACAAGAUUUGACUGUGUUUAGUAUCAAGUCUACAAAAUCUAAAUGUUCGCGAAAAUUUAUGUAUUUCUAUGCAUUAUUUUAUAAGCUCACCUAGGGCAAAAGCUCUUGUGAGCUUUGCUGAUCAAAGUUUUUCUGUUAUCCUUCUAGCCAGCUGUCAGUUUUGAGGGUUUUUUCUUUUUUUAUGAUUUUAGACUACUUCAGGACCACUAGGCCAAGCUUGCUACAAAGCAUACUUCAAAGAAGGGAAACAAUUAAGUUUCUUCAAAUGAAGGCCCAUAAUUGGCAUUCUAAGAUUUACAUAGUUUUACAAAGGGAUAAUUUGUCAAAAAAUGAAAAAGUACUUCUUGUCUUAAGAACACAAAGCCUUGUUAGUCAUAUAAAAUUAUAUCCCCAGUUAAGGCAGAUUCAAGUUUAUUCAAAUAUUAAUUAUUCAUUAGGGUAGGAUAGGGCCGCAAUAUGUUAUUGAAGUUUAAUUUUCAUAGGCAUAUAUGAGGGGGAUUCUGCUGAUGAAGAGCAGCAGGUCAUAAGUGACUCAGGUGAGCAUUUGGCUCAUGAGCCUCUUGUUUCACUUUCAUUUUUAGCUCACCUGAGCAGAAGGCUCUUCUCAAGAACAGAAAUACUAUGUUUAGUCCUAUUGAGAUGUAAGCAUCCUCAUGCAUGUCAUGAAAAUUCAAUUUUUUUAAAAAUCAUGUUCUUGGGGGGGGGGGGGGGGGGGGGGGCCACAAUAAGGGAUCAAAUUUUUACAAGGUAAUAUAUAGAAAGUAAAUCUUUAAAAAAUCUUCUUUUCAAGAACAGCCAAGUUAUAUGCUAUACUGCUAUGGAGACAUCUUCAAGUAGUAUAAAAUUCAAGCCUACCCCCACCACCACCACCACAGCAAAUAAACUUUUCAAUACUGAAUUGAUUUGUGCUUUUUCCUAAUUGAUGUGUUCAAGUGAGUGAUGUACGUGGCCCAUUAGCUCUUGUUUUAAUUUCUUUGUGAUAAAUCAUUAAGUUUUGUGCCAUAAUAAUUGUAGAAAUGUGUGGAUUUUAAUUAGGUGUUUUGGGUGCAGUUAAAAUGUUAAUUUGCAAGUGAGUAGGUCCAGAUUUGUUGUAAGUGCCGGUUAAUAGUAGUGCAGGUUAUGAACACAUGCUAAACAAUUUGUUUAAGAAAGUUACUGUCCAUACUGCAUGUUCAGAAACUUUUAACUACUGUAGAUUUGCAAAUAACCACGAAGGUUUUUAUAUCGAUCGUUAUGUUCACAAGUUAUUAUUUUUCUGUGAAAUUAAACCUAUCGUGAUAUUAUGAAAACUUUUUAAAAGCAUUUUAAAGUUAAUAUGAAAUUUUGAAUUUAUUUCUUGCAGCGUGAAAUUAAAACCAUCGCAAUCGGUACUUGUUCAGAAAUCGAGAAAAUGAAAUAUUAACAUCGUGGAAUUAAAACUACUUACAGUAUAUACUAGCUGCUGUAUAGGCUUGUUGUCAUAAAAACAUUUCAUACAAUCAUGUAUGUACAAUGCAAAAUGUUAUAAAGAUUAGCAUGCAUUAAUCAUUAUAAUGUGUGAUGUUGGUAAUCACUCCUCGUUUAAGAAUCAGAUAACUUUUAACAAUGGAAAAACUUGUAACACAAAACAUUUCAAAAUCAGCACAGAAGUACGCAAUUUACCGGUAAUAUAUAAAAUAUGAGCAUUGUUGUUGCCCUGUGAAAAUCUUUGUUCAUGAAUUUUAAUAAUGCUACUGUGUGUUAUAUUUCAAAUUGUUAUACAAAAUCCAAAAUCAUUUGAAUAAUGCACAAAUUUUUCAUAAUUAUUAUUCAUAAUUAUUGUAGUUAUUUUCUGCAAGUAAAUUUAUGAGUAUACAUUAAGAUUACCACAAAAAUUUUUUUUUAUUCAUUUCUUGGUUUAUAUAUAGCUUUGUUUGUAAUUGUUGUUGACUUGAUUAUUAAAUUCUGAGUUAAUUUGA